GAGAUUAUAAUAUACACAUACAUAUUAUUUAUAUAUUUGCAUACGUACACAUUAGCUUUUGAAAUGGUGCAUUUAGUUUCAUAAUAUACAUGGUUUAAAGCAAUGCUACAUGGAAUUACGGCCGUACAUACAUAUGUAGUUCGACUUGAUAGUAAUGAAAAGUUCAUAAGGCAUGUGAAUAAAUGACGAUAGUUCUAAUCAAAAUUGAAGUAACUAGGGCUUAGGUUGCUACGAUUAAAGUUUUUUUCACUUAUAUACUUUAUACCUCUAUUAUAACGGAUGGGCGUUUUUGCACAACAAUCGGUGAUGUUAUCAAUUAUCUAUUAAUUUAAAUUCAACCUGGAAUCGUUUGUUGAAGAUACGAAGAUACGUUCGGUUAUACCGUUCAUUUAGUUUGGAAGAAAAUGGACGUUUUUGAAAAUAUGUUUGUUGAAAGAGCCUGGAGUGAUGAGUGUGAAAAACUACCAAAUAAGAGCACAAUUUUCACAAAUGAUUUCAAUGGUAUCCCGGAAACACUAUUAUUGAACGUUAUUUCUUGGCUUCUAUUAGUUGGUUUAUUUACCGCUUUACGGCAUCAAGCCGGAGACUAUGGUCGCCUGGCGCUUGUUAACAGCCAUGGUACCAGAAAACGCUGGACCGAAGUAUUUUACUCGCGAGCAACAAGUACGGUUCUUACACCCACGCCCGAAGCAUCUACCAGUCGUAUGCAAAAUGAUGCCGAGGGUGGGCGAGGUAGUAUAACAUCGAACACAUCAGAGCCGCCUUUAUCUCCCAUUCAUUCGGACCAGGGAUUUUUUGCUUGGAUAAAAAUUACCUGGAAACUGCAAAAGGAGCAAAUAAAGACUCAUACAGGGCCGGAUGCCAUUCAUUAUCUGUCUUUUCAGCAACACCUUAUGACUGUAAUGGCAAUUGUAACACUAGUUUCAAUAAUAAUUAUAUUGCCCGUAAACUUGUUCAAUGGUUCUACUGAAGGUAGAACUGAUUUGAAUGCGUUUGGUCACACCACUAUGGAAAAUGUGUCUCCAGAAUCGCCGUGGCGAUGGGUACACGUUAUCGUGACAAUUAUGUAUGCUCCCCUCAUAGUACUCAUAAUGCGACGUGCAUCCGGUCGUAAUGCAUUUAAAACAGCUGCCACACGUACCAUUAUGAUAUCCAAUAUAUCGGCGAGUGAUCGUAAUAAGACAAUUAUCCGUCACUAUAUACAAGAAUUAUUUCCUGACGUCAAUAUAGAGGACGUACAAAUUGCAUACAAUAUAUCUAAAUUGACAGUGCAAAGUGCGGAAUAUGAGAAGAUAUUGGAUGCUCGCAUGUACUGUGAACACCAUAGGGAUAAAGAUACGCUACAGGUAACACCAAAUCUGUGCUCCUGUGCUAAAGAAAAUGCAUACGCUUAUUAUCAACGUGAAGAGCGUAAACUCUCUGGAGAUGUGGCACGUUUGAGAGCUGCUGCACUCAAUGAACCACUCGCAAUAGCUUUUAUUACCGUGUCCACUGUACAUGAAGCACAAAAUAUUGUCAGCCAUUUUACACCAGGCACCUAUCGAAAAUGGAAUUUGGAAUUCGCACCUUCACCAGACGACCUCUUUUGGGAGAAUUUGAAUGUGAGCAAAAGCAAUUGGUACUUCAAAUGGGGUAUUGUCAACUUCAUACUAUUUUUGACGCUAUUCUUUCUCACAACCCCAGCAAUUGUACUAAACUUUUUAAACGCUUAUGCAUUAGCUAAAGGUAAUAUAUACCAAAUUUCACCAGUAGUAUCAGAAUUUUUACCAACAUUAUUACUGUGGACGCUUGCGGCGCUGAUGCCUGUAAUUGUUGCAUUCUCAGACAAAUGGUUGGCUCACUAUACACGUUCUCUUCAGAAUUAUUCAAUUAUGAUUAAAUGUUUUUGUUAUUUACUAUUAAUGAUCCUCAUUCUGCCCUCACUGGGCCUAACGUCAGCACAGAAAUUAAUCGAAUGGUCAAUUAGUAAUGACACUAUUCGCUGGUACUGUGUCUUCAUGCCGGAUCGCGGUUCUUUCUAUGUCAAUUAUGUAAUUACCGCCGCUUUCAUUGGUACGGCUUUGGAGCUGUUACGUUUUCCAGAACUUAUUGUUUAUAUUUGGAUGUUGUGUACGGCGAAAUCGAAAGCUGAAACACCAUACAUCCGAAAAUCUAUAUUGAUCGAAUUCCCAUUUGGAAUUCACUACGCCUGGACUGUGUUGGUGUUUACCAUUUCUAUAGUUUACAGUGUUUCUUGUCCACUUAUAAUGCCCUUUGCUAUGAUUUAUAUUUGUUUUAAACACUUCGUGGAUCGCCACAAUUUAUUUUUUGCAUAUGGUCCUUCAAACAUGAUAUCCAGGAAUGGUGGGAAAAUUCAUUCGACUGCCGUUACAAUGACUAAAUCCGCAAUUGUCAUCCUGCUUGUAGUUAUGGCGAUGAUUUCAGUUUUUCGUGAAAGAGGAAAUGCUCGUGCUAUUAUACUUUUUAUGACACUAGUAUUAACGUUGGCAUUGUUUGCAUUAAUGUCGCCCAUUAAACGGUGUGCAUCCGUGCCACGUCCCAGCGUGGUCGAGGUGGCAGGGCCAGCGCCGAUUUAUGUUCCCGAUGUCUUGAGACCGCGUGCAACAGUUGCUUCGGGCACGUUAAAUAAUCACGCAGCGACUAAUGGUGGUGGUGUCACUGGAUAUGGUUCGGAUAGUGUUUCAGAUUUUGACAUUAGCUCACAAUAUAGUGUAGAUGCCUAAAUAAGAAAAUUUUUUAGAAGCGAAAAAAGUAUUGUUGGAUAUCAAAAAUGCCUUGCAGUGAAUCCUAUUUGGAAUAUAUUCAUAAAUUACAUAUACUUGGAAAAAGUCAUAAGCUACGACGCGAAGAACUAAAAUACGGAAAUAUAGACUCGCGAAAUUUAAUUUUGUAUUAAAAUAUUUACAUAUAUAUUUAAAAAAAUCUUAUUACGAUACACAAACAUACAUACUUGCGAAUUAUUUUCUGAUGAUACAUAAUUAAUAAUAACUUAAUUGUGAGCAACGUUAAAGUUUAUAUUACCUUUUCUUUUGCUCUUAUUCUGGGCUUAACAAUUUUAUUUUUUUUUUAAUUUCAAUAUCUGGUAAAUAUGAAUGUAUAAACAAAUUUAUAUUGUAAGUUCAUGCCGACUUACUUUCUUUAACGGUCCAUAUUUUAUCAACUUAAACAUUUAAAGAUAUUUUUCAAAGUUAUUUAAUUUUAUUUAUAUAUUAAGCUAUAAAUGAUAUGAAAUGAGAAUUAUAUGCGUAUUAAAGACUUUCGAAAUCUGUUAGAGGCCACAAAAAUAACAUUGCAAUAUUGUUUGUUUAAGGAGAAAUGUGAUAAUAUAUUGAAAAUGUAAUAAAAGUUUUUUUAUUUGUAAAAUUGGCUUUAAACGUUUACAAAUAAAUGACUUUUUAUGAGGAAUUUUGUGUAAUCGCAGCUAAUACGGUAUUAUACUCAAAUAUAAAAUUUUUUUUUGUUUUAUUUAU